CCUAAAGACAGAGUUUAUUGAAGGACAGUGAGAAGAUGAGUGAUCCAGAACCCUGCAGAAUUAAACAGGAAGAGACUGAAGAACUAAUAGAUGUAAUGGUGAAGGAGGAGAGCGAAGAACUGAGUGAAGAUGAGGAGAAACAUCAUGUCAAAAGUGAAGAUGAAACUGAACAUAGUAUUUCAGUGCGAAGAACAGUCGAAAAAGGUUUGACCUGCUCUCAGUGUGGAAAGAGUUUCGAUCGCAAAUACCAUCUCAAUCAUCACAUAAUGAUCCACACCGGAGAGAAACCUUACAAGUGUUCACACUGCGACAAGAGAUUCAGACAUUCAGGAUAUCUGAAAACACACGAGAGGACUCACACUGGAGAGAAGCCACACAAAUGUGAUCAAUGCGGCAAGAGUUUCAUUCAUUCAGGAAACCUGAAAUCACACGAGAGGAUUCACACUGGAGAGAAACCCUAUCACUGCACUGAUUGUGGGAAGAGCUUCAAAGAUUUAUCUUCUCUACAAAAACACACUAAAUACAUUCACAACCUGAUGGAGGAGGGGGGAAGAGUUCAUACAGAGGAGGAGCAGUCUUACUCAUGCUCUGUGUGUGGAAAGAGUUUUACACGGCAGAUACAUUUAAAGCAACAUCAGGUGAUUCACACUGGGGAGAAACCGUACAAGUGUUUACACUGCGACAGGAGAUUUUUUUGGUCAGAAUCCCUGAAAAAACAUGAGAGGAUUCACUCUGGAGAGAAAACGCACACAUGUGAUCAAUGCAGGAGAGUAUUUGUGAGUGCUGCAGAGCUGAAGAAACAUCUUCCAGUUCAUACAAACGAGAAGCCGUAUUCAUGCUCUGAGUGUGGAAAGAGUUUUAGACAACAGUCCAAUCUGAGAGAACAUCAGAAGAUCCACACCGGUGUGAGAGAGUUUGUGUGCUUUGAGUGUGGGAAGAGUUUUAUCACAACUAAAGAGUUGAAACAACACCAGAGGACUCACACUGGAGAGAAACCUUACAUGUGUUCGCUCUGCGACAAGAGAUUCAGUCUGCUACACACCCUGAAAGCUCACAAGAUGACUCACACUGGAGAGAAACCGUACGCGUGUACUCAGUGUGGGAAGAGUUUCAGACAGUUAUCUCACCUUACUCGACACAUGGCUAUGCACACUGGAGAGAAACCACACAAGUGUGAUCAAUGCAGUAAGACAUUUUUGAGGCCUUCAGAGCUGAAGUAUCAUCUUAGAGUUCAUACAAAGGAGAAGCCGUAAUAUUUAGCCCCAUCAGAAACUUGAUAAUCCACCCCAAGGAUUUCUUAAUGAUCAUGAGAUAUUGGUAUCUCGUUCAAGAAGCAAUCAGUUUCUGUGUACAACUCUUAAUGUGCCUUUUGACAGCAGUUUCUUUGAGGUUUGUUAUUGAGUUUCUCACCAUAGAACAUAAUCUGAAGGUUUUAUUAUUGUAGGCCUGUAUUUUUCUAUAAUAUUGAGUUUUCUUAUGCAUAUUCAUGUAAUUCUGCUAAUAUUUAUUAAGGUUUUUAACAUCAAGGUUUACAAAUUGUGCCUGUUCAGGCAAGAGAAACGUUACACUUUUAACUUCUGUUAUUUACAAUACAGACUAUGUGAUAUAUUGUUUGUAAAGUGCCUAAUAAACAAUAUUUCA